AUGUCGAAUGAUCCAAAUGACUUUGAAGCACUUACGCCAGGCCACUUUCUAAUUGGUGAAGCCCUUACAGCACCAGCAAGCACAAGCACACCAAGGUUAAAAAUAUCAUUAUUAACAAGAUGGAAAUUGGUCUCCCACAUAAAACAUGAAUUCUGGAGACGGUGGAACUCUGAAUAUCUAACGGAGCUACAAUACCGACAUAAAUGGCGAGAACAAUGCAAUAACUUGCAGGAAAACACCUUAGUUAUCAUGAAGGAUGGAAGUUUACCUCCUCUUCAGUGGUCAUUGGGUCGAGUAACCAACAUAUAUAAAGGUAGUGACGGAAUGGUACGUGUGGUCGAUAUUAAAACAGCAUCAGGUACUUUGAGACGUGCCGUAUAUAAUUUGGCUCCACUUUUUUAUGAAACCAACGAUAGUGAAGAUGACAAGAUCCCACCAGUACAACCCAAAGAAGCAACAAAGCAACAAUUGACAGCAUCAAAAAGGCCUAUACAGGUACCAAUUUCAUCAGUUAGCAGUAUGAAUCAUGUCGGACGCAAUUCGAAGGUAUCCAAACGAUCGAGCAACUGCUGA